CAUUUUAGCCCCCAAUACUUUCUCUCUUUGUCUCUCGACGCAGUCACCGUCACCAUUUCCGAUUCUACAGAGCAACAGUGGACUACAGUGUCUUCUUCAGUCCAAACCAAACUCUGCAAUCAGUCAAUCUCCAUUAAUGCUCUAGUCAAACCUCACAGCCCCAAGGGGCUGUAAUUCAGUUCAACAACAACAACAAGAGAAAUUAAGAGUCAUUUAAUUUAACCCUAGGAAUCAAUAUCAGCUAAGUUUCCGAAGAUGGUAUUCAAAGGUAGAUUUUUCUCAUCGAAGAAAUCCGACCCAUCAAGCCCAGAUGGAUCCUCCAACAGUCCACGAUCUAUUGGGUCCAAUUCCCCGAUCCGAUCCGACAAGAAGAAAGCAAAGUCAGGUUCUACUUCCAAAGACAACUCUCCGAUCACUCCAUCUUCAAUUUCAACUUUCAAAGAUAAGAAUAAAGAUGAUAAAGGUAAAGAAAGUCCGAGUUCGAGCCCGAGUCCCAAUUCGGCUAAGAAUCCGGUGAGAACCCGUGAACCGGAACUGAGGCCGACGUCUGUAUCAGUGUCGCCGAUAGUAGCAUCAUCAUUGGGGUUAAAUAAGAUAAAGACUCGAUCUGGGCCCUUGCCACAAGAGAGCUUUUUUGGGUAUGCCAGCAGAGAUAAGGUGAAUUCAUUAGGUGCUAGCAAUUUAUCAAAGAAUGUAGCAGGCGGACGGGGCGGUGGUGAAGGGCUGUCGAGUUCUGUUUUGAGGAAGAAGGAUGAGAAGAGGUCACUGGUGGGUUCCGCGGAAAAUGUAGAUAACCGGAGCAAUUCAGAUAGUAUGUCCUCCGAGAGCGGUCGUUCGAGGGAUCAAAGCCCACGUGUACCUGGACCAUCAAGGCUGCAGAAUGGUGAAUCAUCUUCUGAAGCAGGCCGAGUCAGUUCAUCUUGGGGCUACUCUGGAGGUCUGAGGAGCUCAGAUGCUUGUACUCCAGAAUUGAAGACAUCUUUAGAAUGCGACAACCCAAAGGAGUCUGAAUCUCCGCGCUUUCAAGCUUUACUCCGGGUGACUAGUGCUCCAAGGAAACGGUUUCCUGCAGAUAUAAAAAGUUUUUCGCAUGAACUGAACUCCAAAGGUGUACGGCCUUUUCCAUUCUGGAAACCUCGAGGUUUGAAUAAUUUGGAGGAGGUUUUAACGAUGAUUAGAGCAAAGUUUGACAAAGCAAAGGAGGAAGUGGAUAAUGAUUUGCGUGUUUUCGCAGCAGAUCUGGUUGGGGUUCUAGAAAAAAAUGCAGAAACUCAUCCAGAUUGGCAGGAAACAAUUGAAGAUCUGCUGGUUUUGGCUCGAAGAUGUGCAAUGACAUCUCCUGGGGAAUUUUGGCUUCAGUGUGAGGGCAUCGUCCAGGAACUGGAUGAUAGACGGCAGGAACUCCCCAUGGGUACACUAAAGCAGCUGCACACUAGAAUGCUUUUUAUACUUACAAGGUGCACACGUUUGCUUCAGUUUCACAAAGAAAGUGGAUUUGCUGAGGAUGAACCUCUGUUUCAGCUUCGUCAAUCAUUGCAGCCCGUUGAAAGACGGAGAGAUGGAAAGAUGUCUGGUCCUCUGAAGUUCCCAAAGUUGCCUCCUACAAAAAAAUCUUACAGUCAGGAACAACAUGGCUCUGAAUGGAAGAGAGAUCAAGCUGUACAGUUAGGUAACCUUCCGACCUCGGAAGCUGAAACUGCAAAAACAUUGGAUUCUCCGGGCAGUAGGAAUCGAAUGGCAUCUUGGAAGAAAUUUCCAACUCCACCUGCAAAAAGUCCCAAAGAAGCAUCUCCAAUCAAGGAGGAGAACAUUGAUAUAGGCAUUGAAGCUUCAAAACUAUUUAGUGAUGAAAAAGGACCGUCUGCUUCAGAUCUAGCUACUGUCAAGCAUCCUGAUCUUUCUUCUGCUAGGGAUUCAAUUGCACACUCUUCAGUUCCUCCUUCCAAACACCAACGUAAUGUUUCCUGGGGUUACUGGGGUGAUCAACCAAGUGUUUCUGAUGAGAGUUCAAUAAUGUGUCGCAUUUGUGAGGAGGAGGUCCCUACAUUACAUGUAGAAGACCACUCCAGAAUUUGUGCAAUUGCUGAUCGCUGUGAUCAAAAAAGUCUAAGUGUUAAUGAACGCUUGUUAAGGGUUGCAGAUACUCUUGAGAAGCUCAUGGAGUCAUUUGCACAUAAGGACAUCCCGCAUGCUGUUGGAAGUCCAGAUGGUGCAAAAGUAUCAAACUGUAUUUUAACUGAGGAAUCUGAACUUCUCUCUCCAAAACUUAGUGACGGGUCUUGCAGAGGUUCAGAGGAUAUGCUUGACUGUCUUCCUGAGGUGGAUAACUCUGUUUUCAUGGAUGAACUUAAAGGUUUACCUUCUAUGUCAUGUAGAACCCGGUUUGGACCUAAAUCCGAUCAGGGGAUGACAACAUCAUCUGCUGGCAGCAUGACACCUAGGUCCCCCUUGCUGACGCCAAAGACCAGCCCAAUCGACCUACUAUUGGCAGGAAAAGGUUGUGCCUCUGAGCAUGAUGAUCUUCCUCAGAUGAUUGAACUUGCCGAUAUUGCUCGAUGUGUGGCGACUACGCCUAUAGAUGAUGAUCGCUCUUUGCCUUAUUUGCUCUCUUGCCUUGAAGAUUUAAAAGUUGUGACUGAACGCAGAAAGUUAGAUGCACUUACCGUGGAAACAUUUGGAACUCGUAUUGAAAAGCUGAUUCGGGAACAGUAUUUGCAACUGUGUGAGCUAGUUGAUGAUGACAAAGUUGAUCUAACGAGCACUGUCAUUGAUGAAGAUGCUCCCUUGGAAGAUGAUGUUGUACGUAGCUUGAGAACUAGCCCAGUUCAUUCCAAAGAUCGUACGUCUAUUGAUGACUUUGAGAUUAUCAAACCAAUUAGUCGUGGGGCAUUUGGUCGGGUUUUCUUGGCAAAAAAGAGAACAACUGGAGAUCUCUUUGCAAUUAAGGUCCUGAAGAAGGCAGACAUGAUACGCAAGAAUGCUGUUGAGAGUAUCUUGGCCGAACGUGAUAUCUUAAUAUCAGUUCGCAAUCCUUUUGUGGUUCGCUUCUUCUACUCAUUUACUUGCCGUGAAAACUUGUACCUUGUGAUGGAAUACUUGAAUGGUGGGGACCUAUAUUCAUUGUUGAGAAAUCUAGGCUGCUUAGAUGAAGAAGUCGUUCGUGUUUAUAUAGCUGAAGUUGUGCUUGCCCUGGAAUACUUGCACUCUCAGCAUGUGGUUCAUCGAGAUCUGAAGCCUGACAAUUUGUUGAUUGCACAUGAUGGUCAUAUCAAGUUGACAGACUUUGGGCUUUCUAAAGUUGGUCUUAUCAAUAGCACAGAUGAUUUAUCUGGUCCAGCUGUCAGUGGAACAUCCAUGAUGGAAGAUGAUGAAUCUCAGCUAUCUGCAUCUGAGCAUCAGGAAGAAAGGCGGAAGAAACGUUCUGCAGUAGGUACACCGGACUAUUUGGCGCCUGAGAUUCUUCUAGGAACAGGGCAUGGUUUCACGGCUGAUUGGUGGUCCGUGGGCAUUAUUCUCUUCGAGUUGAUUGUUGGUGUUCCUCCUUUUAAUGCAGAGCAUCCUCAGAAAAUAUUCGAUAAUAUUCUCAAUCGUAAGAUACCUUGGCCAAUGGUUUCUGAGGAAAUGAGCGGUGACGCACAAGAUCUGAUUGACCAAUUACUGACAGAAGAUCCUAAUAUGAGACUUGGAGCACGAGGAGCAUCAGAGGUGAAGCAGCAUCCAUUUUUUAGAGAUAUUAACUGGGACACACUUGCUAGACAGAAGGCGGCAUUUGUGCCUGCAUCCGAAGGUGCACUGGAUACUAGUUACUUCACUAGUCGCUUCUCUUGGAAUCCUUCAGAUGAACAUGUAUAUGCAGGCAGUGAAUAUGAGGGUUCUAGCGAUGAUGGUAGUGUUAGUGGUAGUAGCAGCUGUCUGGAUAAUCGCCAAGAUGAACUGGGUGAUGAAUGUGCUGGUAUUGGAGAAUUCGAGUCAGGCUCUUCUGUCAACUAUCCUUUCAAUAACUUCUCUUUUAAGAAUCUCUCCCAGCUUGCAUCAAUAAAUUAUGAUUUGCUUACAAAAGGUUGGAAAGAUGAUCAUCCGUCAAAUCCUAAUGUAUAGCUCCCCAGUUAACCGGGCCUGUGAGAGAAGUUAGAAACAAACUGAACGCCCGCCAAUCAUCUCCCUGUCUUUAUACCUUGUAAAUAUAUAGAAGCAGCUUAAAGAUCAUGAUCGCGACCACUGGGGAUGUGAUGUGUUUUCGAAUCUCAUGCUGUGAGGUUGUGCUUUGAAUCGUCGUUUUAUUUAGUGUGACAAUUGUGUAUUCUCUUUUUGUUCUCAUGUAUGGCCAUGAGAUGCCUUGUGGUUUUUUGACUUCAGGCUUUUGAUUUGCUUUGUAAUUGUCCCUCCACAGCAAUGAGAACACAUCUCCUGUUUGAAAGGG